GUUGAUCACGCGCCCGAGCCUUUCCGUCUCGGCCGCAAUAGCCUGGCUGGUAGCGUGGGCCACGCGCGCGGGAGUGGAUCGGGCGCGGCGUGCGCAGGUGGCGGCCAGCCCUCGCUGUGCCGACCUCCGCUGCUCGGAGCCGCCCGCGUGCCCGUCCCUGGCGUGCUGCCCCGCGGCCGCGGCGGCGCACUGCCCCUCGCUCAGCUGCCCAGAGCCCGCGCGGGGGCCGCGGGCCGCUGGGGCUGAGGCCUGUCCGCCUGGAGGCGCCGCCGAGGCGCCGGCCCCCGCGCCCGCCGAGGAGGUCCCCGAGGCUCCCUCGGCCGCGCGAGGCGGGAGCUGGCCAGUGCUCGGGUGGGUGCAGAACUUGUGCCUCGAGCUGCUCGGAGGCGCUGUGGGUGUGAUCGUGCGCGCGCUGUUGCUCGCGGUGCUAUUCUCAGUCUGCGCGUGCUGGCGGACGCUCCUGGCGGUGGCAAGGCCCGCGGCUCUUGCUCUGAGCGACUACGAGACGUGCGUCGGCACCGACGCCGACGUCGCUGCUGUCCAUUGGAGCGAGAGCCGACGCCCUCCACCUCCCGGGCGCCCAUCGGGACUCGCACAGGUUCAGGAGGGAGCUGGCGCCCGCCGAGCUGCAGGAGUUCCAGAGGCUCGCGAGGAUCGCGGCGCGGGAUGAGGUCGUGCUUCGCGACCGCCGUGUCGGAGGGCCUGGGGUGGAGCCCGCUGGAGGUGCCCUGCUGCCGCCGCUGGCCGAUCCAGGGCGCCCGCCGUUGGCCGCGCCGCGUUUCCCUGGGCAGGGGGGCGGUGCUGCUCGAGCGGUGGGAGGUGGAGAUCAGCUAGGGGCUGGAGGCCGUCCUGGUGCGCUCGGCGGGGCCCCCGCCGCUGGAGGCGCUGCUGGGGCCGCUCCGGCGGCCGCCGCGGCUGCGGGCGUAGCUCCGCCUCCGGCGCCGCCUCGCCCCGAGGAGCUCGCGCGGGUCGUGGCGGAGAGCGCCCGCGGGCUCGAGCGGGGCAUGGCGAUGUUCCCUAGCGCGGGGAUGCCCUCCCUCGGCGACGCUGGCCUCUACCAGGUGCCUGGCGUGCGCCGGGGCCGCGCGGGCCUGCCAUCGCACUGCUGAGGAGGGCGCCCUCUCGCGAGGUAGAGGCCUACGUGCGCGGCGAGACGGUAGCCGGCGCCCGCGCCGCGCCGAUCGAGCUCGCGGGGGAUCGGAGGCAGCGCCGCCCAUGGCUCCAGGUGAUCAAGCAGGGGGUCGUGACGCCGUUCAUCGACUGGCCCGUGCAGGGCCCGAGGACCGUGGAGUGGGUGAUGGGGUUCCUUGGUCGUCUGGGAGGCGGGCCUGGGGAUCUCCAUGCGCGGCGGCGGCAGCUCAGUCGUCUCCAGCGCGGCGAUUGGGAAUUCGAGGUGCUGAGAGCGGGCUUCGAGCCUUGGAGAUGGCCGCCAGCUACGAUGCGCUCGAGGUGGCGAACUGCGCCUGCCUGGAGAUCGCCGCGUCGCGCCGCGCGCCUGCCGGGAGCGCCAGCUGGUCGAGCGCGCGCGCCCCUGCGAGCCUGCGAGCGGCCAUGCCGCAGCCGACGAGAAGGACGGGAAGGACAAGAACAAUCGGGGCAACUGCCGCGGGCAAGCUGGACUCUUGGUUGAGCGAUGUGUGCCUGGUGCGCCACCGCGAGGCUGGGGGGGUGCAUGGUUUCCCCAGACUCGUUUGGAUUUCGUCGCCCACGAGGUCGAGAGGGAUGCGAGUGCAUUGAGGAAAGUUCGGGAUGCGCGGGAAGAGCGCCGCGCCACGGGCAAUGCAGCAUGAGAGACACCCGUCGGGUCAUGGGUCCGGGCCCGACGGAAACCACAGGGCCGAAUUCGCCCGCCAGUCUGUAGUUCCCCGCUGGCGACAGGGGCUACAUCCACCCUGUCAUCGCUGCGCUGCCGAUGGGCUGGGCGCUGGCCUUGCAGGCGCACCAGGCGCUAAACGAAGAGCUCGCCCGCCGCGAGCCCGACGCGCCCCUCGAGAACGCCCUCGUGCAUGGCAGGCCGCCGCCAGGGCCCACGCCCAUCGCCCGCGCGGAGUGCGCCGACAACUUCGCGUGAUUCGGCAGGGACCGCUCCGCGGUGGAGGGCGCGGUGACACGUGUCCGCGGGCGCCUGGUGGCCGCUGGGCUGCCGAUGCAUGAGGUGGACAUCAGCCGGGGCGGCGACGUGCUGGGCUGGCACUUCACCGAGCAGGGCCGCUGCUCCAUGUCCUUGCGCAGCGCCUGGCGGCUCCGCCUGGCGCUCCUGCGCGUGGCCAGCCUGGGGGGUGCCAGCGGGCGAGAGGUCUCGGCGCUCCCCGGGCACUUCGCGACGCGGGGCCCCAUUCGGAGGGAGGUGCUUGCGGCCCCGCAGGCGCGCUUCGCCAUCGCCCAGCAGUUUCGAA